AUCUCAUAAUUUCCUUUUGAAGCAGCAGGGAGGGAGGAAAGCAGAAACAGAAGAAAACAGGGACAGAGAAGAGGAGGAGCGUAUACACCUAUUACGUCAUUUAUGUGUCUCAAGAACAGAUUUAUUGUCCACUGGAGAAUCACUGCUAGGUUGUGUAUAUAAGCCAGUGUGUGUGUGUUGGGCUGGACUCACAAGAGAAAGAGAGAACGCUGACAAUUGGAUAUUUUCUACAACUGCUCAACCAACAUGUCUCAGCCAGGUCAGGAAGAAGAUGAACUGAUGCAGCGUCCUGAGGUGAGAGAAGAGGACCUCACUGAAACAAUAAACAAACUGGGCAGAAGUGGGCCGGCGAAGAGCAAGACGUUUGAAGUAAUGCAGGAGUGCGAGAAAGUUGGUAAAGCAGCUCCCUCUGUGUUCAGUGGAGUGAGGUCAGGAACUGAGACUGUUCUCAACGCACGCUCAGGUGGACCAAUCGGGAAGAAGCUGUAGGCUCCCUGACCAUGAUUGGACAACACGUUUAGAAUCUGUUGUUUUCGCACUGUGCUUUAGUCCACUAAAAGGCUUGUUAAAAGCACCUUUUUUUAGGGUGUUAUACAAUAUCCUAUCAUGUGUUUCACACUUAAUUACAAAACACAUAAUUAUGUUUGGUUAUGGCACAUUUAUUAUAGUGAUGGUUAACUUCCUUAGUUGUUCAAUGUUUCUUGAUGAACUAAUGAGAAAAAUAACAUUUUCUCAGAUUGUUUCUCUGUAUGAACAAGAUGGGGCUUUUCAAAAGUAGAGGGAGUAGUUUUGCAUUAAAUCACAGGGUGGCAGGUCCAUAAUAAUUAAGGUUUUAAUUUUUAUAAUGAAAUACCUAGCUCAACACAAAUUACAAAGGUCCCGGCAAUUUCUAUUACAUUUAAAACAAACCAAUUGAAAACAAAAAGUUCCAAUAUACUGAGUUGUUGUGUUUUAAUUUUUAAAAACAGAAUUUUUUUUCCUUCCAAUUAUUGCAGUCUGUCACAGAAGCAUUUAUCUACUAUUGCCAGUUGCAGGGUAAUAUUGAGAAAUACGAGAUGCAAGAAAUCUUUUGGAAAUCUGUUGUCAUCCAUCCUACUUUUCAUUGUAAGUGCCAGCAAUGUUAUACUUGUCAAUUUUGUAAUAAACAAUACCAACAAUAUAAAUGUAAA